GGACAAGCUUCAAAACACAAGGAGACUUUCAAGACCUCUUGCCUAAACUCUGGAAUGACCUGCCUUUUGGAUGAGAAGCAUUUUGUGACCUAUGUCUGUGAAAAGCGCUAUAUAAAUAAACUUGACUUACUUACUACUGCUGCUACUAUUGUGACUAGUACUACUAUUACUACUGCUGCUGCUACUGCUGCUACUACUAUGCCACACUAUUGCAAAGAAAAUAUAUAAAUGUUAAAUAUUGAGCCUCAGAAUACAUUGUUCCAGGUUUCAUAUUCUGAACGAUAAGUCAGUAUAGUAAUGAUCGUGAAAGGCCUACUGGUAACCAUUUUGAAGUACCCAAUUCAAUUUAAUCAGUGGUCUGUCAAACUGUCAGAACUUAAUUAUGUUUCCCUGCUCUUAAUCUACAUAAACACUGCAACACCUAUGAACUGGUUUUACCUAAGAUAUUUAAUACAUCUUAGUAUCUUGUGGUUUCAAAUUGUGGUUGGUGAUAAUUAACAAACAACAUAUUGUGCUGUUCCAACAUGCUGUUUGUUAAUGGGCCAAAACCAAAAAAGAAGAAAAUUAGAAUGAUCGUUAAAAAGUCAUAAAAAGAACAGAAGUGGAAAGUAGUUAUGUAAGAAAGACAAAAAGAGAUUGGGGGGAAAAGGAAUGAAUUAUAUUGGAGUCUAUCUAUUUUAUAGGUGCUAGUAUUGUAAAGCGAUCAUCAUUUGACUGUUUUGCUAAUUACUCUAAGAUUCUUUUUUCUUCCAGACGAUCUCUUCAAAGUGCACAAACUAAAGCCAAACCUAAAAUGGCGUCAGGCCUUUGAGAUGUAUCUAAAGACCAUGCCUCCAUACUAUCUCCUGUAUAUGGACAGCAUAUACUGCAGCAGCAGAGACACUGACUGCAGGUGCUGGGGUUUAGGAAGUGACGAUUCAGAUCAGAGAGUCCUUUCAGGUUUAAACCAGCUGGAUUUCCUCACUGAAACUGCAACCCAAGAGACUCAUGUGAGCCUCAGUCUACUUUCUGAUUGGAUGAUCGUCUUAAGAACUAAAGCAUGAACAUGUCUACCUUGUAUAUAGGGACAAACCAUUGAAAAAGGCCAUGCGGAUGAUGGGAGCUCCGAACCUCAUCGCUGAUAACUUGGACUGUGGCCUGAGCUACAGUGUCAUCUCCUAUCUGAAGAAACUCAGUCAACAGGCUAAGAUGGAGUCAGACCGUCUGAUCGUGUCUGUGGGGAAGAAGGCUCCUCAGGAAACAGGGAUUAAAGUGAAGAACCAAAACCACUGCGGCGCUCUGUCUCUGGCCCAUCGCCGCGACUUUAAACAGCUGCUGCAGGGAAUCACAGGAGAGGGCCCCCUACGGGUCAAUGACAUCAACUACAAGGAGUUUGCAGGCUUUCAGAUCGGACUGUUGAACAAGGAUGUAAAGCCACAAGCGUACAGAAAUGCUUAUGACAUCCCAAGGAGAAAUUUGUUGGACCAACUCACUCGAAUGAGGUCAAAUCUGCUGCGGACCUCACAGAAACUCAUCAGGGGCCAAGACGAAGACUACCUGCACAGUAUUCCAGUGGCUCAGAUGGGGAACUAUCAGGAAUAUUUAAAAAUGAUGCCAUCUCCACUCAGAGAGAUCGACCCCGACCAACCCAAACGACUGCACACAUUUGGGAACCCCUUUAAACAGGACAAGAAGGGCAUGAUGAUUGACGAAGCAGAUGAGUUUGUGACUGGUCCUCAGAAUAAAAAGCGUGUGAACUCUGGAGACUCAAUGUCAUCCUCGGUGAAGAGGAGACGGAGCAUGUCGCCGUUACUACGGAGACCGCUCAGUCCAAUAGGAAACACCAACCACAUCAAGAGCCCAGCACAGAACCACAACAAACCAGCUCCACCGCACAAAGACAAUGGCAACAACAUCCCAGAGAGCAACGGUGAGGUGGGCCCUGAGUGUGGAGAGGUCUGGCCCAACGAUACAGACUCUAACAUGGGAAACCAGAUCUCGCCAAGUUCAGAAACCAAACCAAGACCAGGAACUACUGUAGACCAAGAGGACGCGGAGGUGACCAUGGCAGAGGAGAGGGCAGAGGAAGAGGAGGGAGUGGAGGAGCAGAUGAAGGAUGAGAAAUAUAACUGUGACAGACUGAGUCCACAGAGUAAUACAGAGAGCUCAGAGACUGAACCAGAGGCAUUGCAGACGGUCUACAUCCCCCCUCUGGACGGGACCCAGGCAGAACUCAGAACCAGGGUCAUCAAGGAGGUCCGAAAACCUGGAAGAAAUUAUGAGGCAAUAAUGCGGUUACUGCACGAGGUCAAAGGUCCUGUGAACGUCCAGAAGUAUUUCCUCCUCCACGCCAUAAAAGAGGCCGCCAGGUUUAAGAAGCGUGUCCUGAUUCAGCAGCUGGAGCAGGUCCUUUCGGAGUUGGAGGAUCCUCCGUUGAACUCAGUCCCAUCGCCCCCUCUCCCAAAUGAUAACAAUGGAAAAUCGUGACAAAAAUCACCUCCUGUGGAAUAGUUAGGAAACGCAGUAUUUAGUUUAAAAUAUGAGCGAGCGGGACCGGGGUGUUAAAAGGACAAUUGCAACGGCUCAACUGCUCCUCUGUUCGGUUACAUCACGUGAAAAGUCAAGGGUUUAUUCAAGAGAGACUUUAAAUAUUGAGGGCUAGGGGUCUAAAAGAGGCAAGUGACAUUAAUGGUGCAUUGUGUAACUUUUCUGGUGGAGGGUCUGUCAAAAUCUUUUCUCCAUGGGGAUGUUAUUGCUUUGUCUAGAAUAUUUCAGAGUAUGCCAUUAAAACUUUCUGUCUCCAUGGCGACCAAACCAGAUCUGUGGAGAGGCAACCUGUUCACAGUCAAAAUGCCUGUUUUUCUAGGUACUUUGGAGUUAUAAAGCCAACUCUAAUUGAAUAAAUGUAAGGUAGAGCUGUUUAAUGUCAUACUGUGGAACAUUCCAGACAUAACAUUGAUAUCUCCAUAGAAACACAUAGGUGAUGGACCAUCAACCACAAAGUCACAUAGUGUACUUUUAAGGUAAAUGAUGUGCUAAUAAUAGUAAUAUCCUUCAAAUGUAACAGCUGUAAGUUAAAAUACAUUAACUAGUGUUACAGACUGAAUGAAACUUGUCCCCACGGAGAUGUUAUUGCUUUAUCUGGAAUGUUCCCCAGCAUGGUAUUAACAUAUCUAUGCCACAACCAAGUUACAGGUCAGAAAUGUGGGUAGGUGGCCCUAGGAUUUAAAGCAAUAAAAGCACCUGUUAUUGAAUAUCCCAAUAAGUUUAAUAUCAUAUUGUGGAACAUUCCAGGUAAAGCAAUAUCAUCUCCAUGGAGACCAGGAAGUAAUCGGAACCCCACUAGAAAAGUUACAUACAUUUUCCUUUAAAUCUAGGGUCUGUUUUUGACCAGCAGCUCACCUGAAAAGUAGCUUUCAUUUCAUAAUAGUUUAUUGGUUUAUCUCAAAUUACCCCAAAUGCCACUUGUGCUCUUUAGAUUCCCAGAACUCUUCAUAUCAACCAUCGACUGUAUCAACACGCCUUAAGCAUCUCAAUGGCUUUGUCUGAUUUUCUGAAAGAUACACUCCAGUUUGGUUAAAAACAACAGCAGCUCUGGUACUCCGGGUUAAAAGAGUGAAAAAUAUUUUAAAUGGUAGAAGAUUUUGUAUUUAUUUUAAAACGGGCCAUUCUUCAGCCGGUCUGAGAAAAGUUAGUGGUCUAACUCAUUCGCAAAUAAUUGAAUAAUAUUUUUAAAUGCCAAUAGGGAUACACCGAUGCAUCUUCCUUACAAGAUUCUGAUUUUUAAAACAGUUUUCCUCUUUGGGCUUCCCCCCUUGGUUUUUGUAUGCCACAAUACCACAACAAAUCUAUGCUCUCCCAUUCGUUACCGGCCACAUAUAUACAAGCCCAUCCAUUUUCUUCUGCUUAUCGGGGGGCCAGGUCGUAGAGACAGCAGUCGAAGCAGGGACUCCAAGACCUCCCUCACCCCAGACAUUUCCUCAAGCUCUUCUGGGGGGGCCCCAAGGCGUUCCCAGGCCAGCUGAGAGACAUAGUCCUUCAAAUGUUUCCUGAGUGUUCCCUGGGGCCUCCUCCCCAGAGACAUACUGUAUACAAGUCUACAAUAGAAACAGUUUGUUAAAGGCACAGUAUGCAACUUUUCUGAUUGAGGGAGCGCCGCCUGCUUGUCUCCAUGGAAAUUUUUAUUGGUUCGCCUGGAAUGUUCCAUAGUAUCGCAUUAAAUAUAUCCCUUUCCAUGGAGAUCAGCAGGUGUAACCAGAUCAAGUUAUAGGUCAGAUAUAUGGAGAGGUGUGUUUUUCCAAGGUAGAUUCGAGCAAUAAAACCACCCAUAAUGAAGUAAGUUAAAUACAUUUUAGAACCUGGAUAGCCUACAUUUAAUGCCAUAAUGUGGAACAUCCCAGGUUACAAUUUCCUCACUGUCUGGAAUCUCACCACUGUGGCACAAGUAAAAAUUCUCUUAUCUUAUAAUAUCCUCUCCAUGGACCCUCUACCAGCAAAGUUACAUAAUGCAUUUCAAGUACAAUACUUUCAGAUGGUUAGGUACUUCUAACUUCUGUCCUGGUUACUGAUGACUGCUCCCAACUUUUCACUUUGUAGGGUCAAUAAAAUACACCUUUAAAUCAGUUUAGAUAUUACUUCAGCACUUACUAAAUCUACAUAGGCAUCAGUUGAUCUCUAUUAUUAAUCAAAAUUGUCUAUGGACCAGUGUUCUUAUUUAAUAUCGUAAAAUAAAAUCUCCCGAACACUCCAAAAAUGAUCCUUAUCUCAGUCCAGUCCACUGCUGUUUUAGUCUCUGCAACAUUUCUCAUAAACCCAGGCAUUUUUACAACUGAUGUACACAACUUUUUCAUGUUCAAAUGGAAAAAUAGAUCAUUUUUGUCAAUCCAGAGACUAUGGAAUAUUUUGAGAGUAAAAUAUAAAUGACACUUUUGUAAAAUGUUACAUGUGUAAAAGUUGGAAGUUUUAUGAGAAUAUGUUUUGUAAUAAAACUGAAAAAUGA